CUACAUCUUAGCAUCCUUUCUAGGCCGCACCAAGAAAUAGUUUUGGGCGAUCUUUGCAAGGCUCAGAUCACACGGUAAUUCCGAUGCAAAAACACAGUUGGUGGAUGAACAGAUGAGCGAGAGCUCCACACCUGAAUCACUCGCGACUCGACCUUGGUCGAUCCCAACGGUUACCUUUCCGACCUCAAGCCUUCGCAAGCAUGCCGACCGGCUCUGCCAGCCAAUUUAGCCAUCCAGUCUCCGUCUCUUUCCCCUUCACCUAGCAUCCACCUACCUCCCAUUAAAGCCCUGAACAAGACUAUCUUCUCUGUGUGUGGUAAUCUCACUCUCUUCCAUUAAAGCCCUUGUCUCGCCACGGCCCCUGAUCUCUCGCUGGGUGCUGGGGGAGAAUGGAGUCGGUGACGGUGGAGACGGGCGACGGCGUGAAGCUCUGGACGCGGCUCUUCAAGCCGGCGGCGGAUCUGGCGAGGAACGUGGCCAUCGUUCUGGUCCACCCCUACACCGUCCUCGGGGGCUUCCAGGGCCUCCUCCGAGGCAUCGCCGCCGGCCUCGCUGAGAAGGGCUACCCGGCAGUGACCUUCGACAUGCGCGGUGCUGGCAAGUCCUCCGGCCGCCCCUCCCUCACUGGGUUCACCGAGAUCCAGGACGUCAUCGCCGUCUGCAACUGGGUUUCUCGUACCUUAUCUCCUGACGGGAUCGUCUUGGUCGGCUCUUCCGCCGGAGCACCAAUUGCGGGCUCAGCAGUUAAUAAAAUAGACCAGGUCGUGGGUUAUGUGAGUCUGGGGUAUCCUUUCGGCCUGAUGGCUUCAAUCCUUUUCGGUAGGCAUCAUGAUGCGAUCCUGCGGUCCACGACACCUAAGAUCUUUGUCAUGGGCACCAAGGAUGGGUUCACAAGUGUAAAGCAGUUGCAAAAUAAGCUAAAAUCUGCAGCUGGCCGAGUUGAAACUCAUCUAAUGGAAGGAGUCGGCCAUUUCCAAAUGGAGGGCCCAGAUUAUGAUGCUCAGAUGGUCGAUCUCAUUUCCACAUUUGUUCGAUCCCUGCAGGUAAAAUAGAUUACAUGCAAGCAAGGGAUGACGUGAAGCUGUAGGGAAGUAACCUCAUGCUGGUGUGCAAGAACAUAAUUUUCAACAUAUGGAGUGUUGUAGGUAAAGUAGAUCACAUGCAAGCAUAUGUUAUUGUUGGUGUCACAAUCAAUCAUGUAAAAUGAAAAUUUACUGAGUGCAACUUAAAUCUUACAUACUGCAUGCUUGUAACAGCUAGUAAGCAUUCUCAAAGUUUCGAAUCAAGAUUGUCUACAUUCCCAUUUAUUUCGACAAA